AUGGACCGUGUAUCAGCGUCGUUGACCGGUAAAGCGGCACCAUAUGGCCACUCCUGCACCAACUGUGUGCAGGCUAAACGCAAGUGCGUUGUUCGCUGGGAGGGUGGGCCCUGUGAGCGAUGUUUCAAGACAAACAGACAAUGUACACCUGCGACAACAGUGCGUCGCCGUAAUGUGCAAAAGUCGGGUCCAUCCAGGACUACUCGACUCGAGGAAAAGAUAGAUAGCCUCGUGUCACUGAUGAGAGCCGAACGACAAUCUGGCGUUGAAACAUUGCCAUCUCAAAUGACUACAAACAAUCAUCUAUCUAUCGACUUAGCCCAGAUGGACACUCCGGUCAGCAAUUCCGAUAUUAGGUCGACCCUGAAUGCCUUAGGUGAUGGCCAGGACACUGCAUCAACAAAUACAACCGUUACCACUAACUCGUCGAGCUCCUUGGAUACUGGCCAACCAUCACCGAUCGAGGCAGAGGAAUACCUUGCUCAGUUUCAAACUUGGAAGCUGCAGUACUUCCCUUUUGUCUAUAUUCCCUACGAUACGAGUGCCGCAGACCUCGAAAAAGACCGACCUUUCCUGUGGCUUUGUAUCAUGGGCAUCGGCUCAAAGUCAUCGGCCCAACAGCAAUUCCUGGGGAAUAAGAUUCGGCAAGUUAUCGCGCAGGACCUAGUAGUUCAGUCUCAAAAGAGGCUUGAUCUUCUUUUGGGGCUUUUGGCAUUUAUUGGCUGUAUAUCUUCAUUCCUUCAGAAAAUCGAUGCCCUUCGGUGGACGCCGCAUAUGGAUGAGUGCCUUAGAGUAAUAGACGAAGCAAAGGAGUGCCCCAAUGAUGAAAUUCUGGUUCAACAAGUGCGAUUGCAGCUUGUCGUGGAGAAAGUCGCUGAAAAUGCGGCACAUGCGCUGGAAUUUGAGUCUAUUGAGCAUAGCAAAGUCUCACCAGAAUGCAUUUCUGAGCUGGAGAGCGUCAAAUUCAACAUAAUGAAUGCUUCUCCAAAAAAUUCAACUUUCUUGCAUCUUUAUAGCGUUGAGCUAGAAGUCGCUCUUUCUACAGCGCCUUUCUCUCGCGAUAGUUUAACGACAUCCCAACGAGAACGUCUCCACAUGGCGCUUUCAUCUAUCAGUUCCUGGUUCAAUAUCUUUUUCAUGAUCCCGCCGGCUGGCUACGUUGGGCUUUCUUUUGUGAAUUUUUCUCAACUAAUUCGCUGCUUUAGCGCCCUCAUCCGGCUCGCGACACUCAAUGAUAUAACUUGGGAUAAAAGCUAUGUUCUGGAGACUGCAAACCCGCUAGAAUUUUUGAAUCGGACGCUGAGUAAUCUCGAGCGAGUACCACUUCAUGCCGGAUUGGAUAAUCGGUACUGCGCGGAGAGUGAUGUUUUUACGCGAACUGCACAACAUUUCCGCGUUCUUCGGGCUGAAUGGGAGACAAUGCUAGCAUCGAAUGAUAUGGCCUCUACCAUGGAUUAUUUGCAACCCGCUAACGAUAUAUCCCUUCCGGAUUUCCUUGGAGAGGAAGUUUUGGACGGCGAUUGGUUUAUGGAUCUUUACCCUUCCACGUUUUGA